AUGGAUCACGACAGCAACUUAGAGUUGCCUAAUCGGUCAAAGGAGUUGUUUAUCAUCCAACUGGUCUUUCUUAUCGUUGCCGGCAUAUGCACUCUGAUCCGAGUGUACAUCAAAAUAUUCCUUGUCAAGUGUGUGACAACAGAUGACUACCUGAUACUCUCUGCGAUGAUAGGUUAUACGGCAUAUGGCGCAAUCUCGUUGGACGGUGUCCAGAAUGGAACAACAGGCAAACCCAGCUCGCAGAUCGACGGACCUCACGAGGUGGCUAGGUCACUCCGAGCUUGGUAUAUCUGCGAAGUGCUUUAUGCGCCAAUUACUCUCACAAUUAGAGCUUCGGUCUGCAUCCUUCUUCUUCGCAUGGCGACCCGAAGAUCCUAUCGCUGGAUUAUUUGGGUUAAUCUUGGCGUUGGAACUAUCGUCUCUACUGCCUUCUUCUUCAUCCUUGUCUUCCAAUGCAAACCAGUGUCGUACUUUUGGAACCAGGCGUAUGGUUAUAAGGGCUCUUGCGUUGACAAGAAUGUCAUUCCGGUAGCCGUCGUUGUGCAUAACAUCCUUUCAGCUCUUUCCGACUGGUGCCUGGGCCUGUUACCUGUCGCCCUCUUAUGGAAUGUGAAGAUAAACAGGAGAACCAAGGUGACUAUAGUGAUCCUGUUGAGGCUCGGCAUGAUAGGAGGAAUAGCCCUUAUUGUUCGAAUUCCGUAUAUCACGCAUUUGAAACCGUCUAUUGAGUUCGUUUAUGUAUCAAUUGACGUAGCCAUUUGGUCAGUGAUGGAGCCAGCGUUGGGUAUUGCGGCGGCUUGUAUCGCCACGUUUCGUCCCCUGUUCAAACAUAGUGGCUUUGGAUGGGCCUCAGGUCAUUCAGCUCCUGCUGCAAUGGGAGAGCCGAGCCAAGGAAUGAAUUGUGAGAGAACAGAAAGCCAAGGCGCACUGGGUGGGGAGAGAGACAUUUGCAUACCCCUCAACACUCCUCAGCAACUGUACAGUGCCAAUGAUCCGAUUGGAUCUGAGCAUGAGCUGUGUAGAGCCGAUCAAUGA